AUGCAAGUGACAGGACUGACUGCAAGCCAAGCAGAAAAUCUGAGAAACCCCCAUAAACAUAGUCCUUUUGGAGAUGCUGCUCACCAACAAGUUGCUAGCAGUCUCAACCAACACGAUGUUGUGCUGGUCGAAGAAAACUCACCGACUACUCUGGGCUGUGCCGGUCCAGCACUGAGAGGUGACAAAUCUAUUAACUGGAUGGUGAAGUCAGGUGGUGUGGGUGAGUGGAAACUUAUUUUCUCAGCCUGUGAAAGGAAGAAGUUCUCCGGAGGAGCCUCGAAGGAAUCCAUGCGAAUGACGGACAGCAACUUUCAAGGCACUGGGGAUUUCUCACUGUUCCUCUCACCCAAAGUGGAGGACGGUGGUCUCUACUUGUGUCUUAUAAAGCACCAGGAGAGGAAACUGAAGGAGAAGACCUUCCUCCUAGCAGUCCUAAAAGUCAGCUUCUACCCAGAUGCGCCCGUCCCUCAGAACAGCAUCUUGCGGCUCUUUGGCCGAGUUACACCUGACAACGCCGUUUCCAAAAUCACCUGGACGGCACCUGGCGGCCUUUCCUUGAAGACUGAGAAGAAGCCCAACACGGGCACAGUGACCAAACUGCCACAGGUCCAGAAAAGUGACGGCGGGAUUUACAUCUGUAGCGUUUACCCCCAGGGAAACGGCACCAACGUGUUGGCUAUAAAUGUGAACGUGACUGUUGAUGCUGACAAAGUGGCCUCAUUCGUCAGUGCAAAACACGACCACAUGAUCCACACUGGCGUUCAGGCUCUAAAAUCCAUCCCUCUGACUUGUCCCAGUGUCCAGGGAGACUUUGUCCAGCUGUACUGGAUUCCCCCAAAAUUCAACAAACAAAACAGUAUAAUGAAGCUAGUGCACAAUUACGACCGAUGGAGGGUUUCCACGCAGAAGGAAAGUAAGAGAAUCCGGCUGGCUGGUCCACCCUACAGCGCAAAGACUGGGAGCUUCUCCUUCCUUCUGACCCCUGACCUAUCAGAUGGUGGCGUCUACAUCUGUAAAGUUUAUCUCAAUGACAACGUCUUCAACCAGAGUACAACGCUCAUCGUGCUGAAAGUUCGAAUCAGAAAGUACUCCUCCAAGCAGGAGUUAAUAUGCCAGUACUCAGAGGUGUCCCAGGUUCAAAGGAUGGUGUGGGAACACCACAAUAAGAGCAGGGAACUGAAGUUGAAUUCUGGGGGCCCUGGCAUCAUCAGCACCACCCUGCCCUUACCCAUCACCUCCAAUGUAACAGGGAACUACACCUGCAUCCUGCAGCUGAAGAAUGGCAUCAUCAUCAGGGCAGAUCAAGUUAUCACACUGCCCCCCAAAGAGAGUGUCAGUGUCACCACCCCCUCUCGGAUCCCUUCUCUCUCUGCUUUAUUACUCCUGGUGCCCCUGGUUGCUGCAGCUGUCGGUGUGUUGCUAUGGAGACAGAAACACAUUUCUGAUCGCGGUGUUGAGCAGUCACUGUCCGUCCGUUCAGGUGAAACUGAGAACCUCUAUGAGAAUCCUGAAGAUCUCAGACAGGCUCCUCCCCAGGGUUCAGUCUACAUGGAUUUGAAGCCAAGAGGAGAGAAUGAUGUCUACAAGGAACUGGAGCGAUACGAGCAGUGUCAGGGCUGA